UCCGGCUCGGCCAUUGUUUUCGCUUGUACCGGUGGCAGAGGUAUUUGGUGUCGUUCCCGAGUGAUAGUCGCGAGUGGGUGCGGGACCCGGACAGGGAAGGAGGCGCGGCCAGGGCUGGGGUCGCCGACUCCCGGCGGGACCGCGCUUUGCCCUGCAGCGGGCGGCGCGGUCCCGGUGACGCUCAGAAGCCGCCCCAUGUGGAGCCUCUUCUUUGUCGCAUUCCUAUAACCAGCCGGGCUUAGCACGGAGCCGGGCACCUGAGAAUACAGCUAGGAACGGGGUAGACGUGGCCAGGUGAGAGGCGCCGCAGAAGCCUGGUUUUACACGAAAGCUCCUAAGUGCUGAACUACAGACCAUCAUUUUAAGCAGACCAACUGCAGCUGGAACAAGCUUCUAUUUGGGGUCACAAUGACCACUGGAGGCAGGGGAACUUUAGGUCUUGUCCCCAGGAAUGCUAUUUUCCAGAAACAGGAGGGACGCCUGAAUGUGAAGCAGGAGCCAGAGAGCCAGACGUGGGGACAGGGCUGCAGUCUUCAAAAGAACCACCCUCCUGUCUGUGAAAUCUUCCGGCUGCACUUUAGGCAGUUAUGUUACCACGAGAUGUCUGGGCCACAGGAAGCUCUGAGCCGCCUCCGGGAGCUCUGCCGCUGGUGGCUGAUGCCAGAGGUACACACCAAGGAGCAGAUCCUGGAGCUGCUGGUGUUAGAGCAGUUUCUGAGCAUCCUACCCACGGAGCUCCGGACCUGGGUACAGCUCCAUCACCCCGAGAGUGGUGAGGAGGCUGUGGCUGUGGUGGAGGAUUUCCAGAGACACCUCAAUGGAUCAGGAGAGGUUACAACUCCAGCACAGGAACAGGAAAUGCACUUGGAGGAGAUGGCAGCUCUGGGUGCAACAAAGGAAUCCCCUCCUACCUCACCGCUCAGUGGAGGCUCAGUCCCUGGAGCCCUCUUGGAGCCUCUUCAUGACCCAGGGGCACAUCACCUUCCCAAUGUGCACUUUGCUCAACUUGUUUCCCCGGUUCCUGCCUUUCCCCAAGCUGGGAGCUCUGGAGACCAAGCAGGAACAACUGUGCUUCGGAUGGUCAGGUGCCAGGACACUGCGGCAUGUGAGGACCUGUCUGUGGAUGACACUGAGCAGAAGUGGAAAGGUCUGGCAUUCAGUCAGAGAGCCCCGUACUGGAACGUGAUGCUGGAAAAUUACCACAGCUCGGCCUCGUUGGCAGGUGAGAGCAAGAUGGAGAGUUCAGAGUUAACUUUGAAGCAAGAAAUUUCUAAUGUAUCAGAGUUAUCUGAUAGCACAUUGGGGGUACCCUUUGGCCUGGUUCCUGGGGCACCAGUGUCUGGAGAUGUCCAUGAAGAUACAUUCAAAACGCUAGAAGGGCAACCCUUAGAUGAAGAAGAGAACAGACUACAAAGUGAUUUUUUGGAAAUAGUAGAUGAGGAUAAGGAAAAAUACAGGUGUGAAGAAUAUAAGGAAGUUGAGGAAAACCCAAAUCUGUCCUCCAAUCCUGCUGAACAUGGGGGAACUCGAAAGGGACGGAAGAAAACCUAUCAGUGUCAGGAAUGUGGGAGAGCCUUCAAAAGGAGUUCACACCUCAUUGGCCAUCAGAGAAUCCACACUGGAGAGAAACCUUAUGAGUGUAAUGAAUGUGGUAAGACCUUCAGGCAGACUUCUCAGCUUGUCGUUCAUUUGAGAACACACACGGGGGAAAAACCCUAUGUGUGCACUGAGUGUGGAAAGACCUAUCGCCAUAGCUCCCAUCUCAUUCUACACAAGAGACUCCACAGUGGGGAGAAACCUUAUAAAUGUAAUGAAUGUGGAAGAGGUUUCACUCAGAGUUCCCGACUCAUUGACCACCAGAGACUUCAUACUGGGGAAAAACCUUAUGAAUGCAGUGAAUGUGGAGAGGCAUUUAUUCGGAGUAAAAGUCUUCUCCGACAUCAGAUUCUUCACAGUGGUAAGCAACCUUACGAGUGUAAUGAGUGUGGGAGAGCUUUCUGUUCCAACAGAAAUCUUAUCGACCAUCAGAGAAUCCACACUGGGGAGAAGCCUUAUGAGUGUAAUGAAUGCGGCAAGGCCUUUAGUCGGAGUAAAUGCCUUAUUCGACAUCAAAUCCUCCACACUGGGGAAAAGCCAUACAAAUGUGGUGAAUGUGGGAAAGCCUUCCAUCAGAACUCUCAACUUGCUGACCAUGAGCGAAUUCAUACUGGAGAAAAACCAUUUGAAUGUAGUGAGUGUGGUAAAGCAUUCAGUCUGAGUAAAUGUCUUAUUCGACACCAGAGACUUCACACAGGUGAAAAGCCCUAUAAGUGCAGUGAGUGUGGAAAAUCCUUUAAUCAAAACUCACACCUCAUUAUACACCAGAGAAUUCACACUGGUGAGAAACCCUAUGAAUGUCAUGAGUGUGGAAAGGUCUUCAGUUAUAGCUCUAGCCUAAUGGUCCAUCAGAGAACCCAUACUGGGGAAAAACCCUAUAAAUGUAACGAUUGUGGGAAAGCCUUCAGUGACAGCUCCCAGCUCAUUGUGCACCAGAGAGUUCACACUGGAGAGAAACCUUAUGAGUGUAGUGAGUGUGGGAAAUCCUUUAGUCAGCGUUCCACUUUUAAUCACCACCAACGAACUCACACUGGAGAGAAGCCCUCCAGUCUGACUCAGUCAGUUUCUUAAGGCCUGGUUCUCUGAGACAGAGAGCAAAGACCUUUGAGUUAAGCUUUCUUUAUAAGGAUGCUCUCCCUGGUCUCCCCUUGGAAGUACUAAUCAAUUUGAACCUGCCUGUUUUUCCUCGGGUCAGUAAGUUCAGAGAGUGGGAAUAACUUGCCCACCAUGAACAAAGUAAGGACUACAUAUUUCUAUAACUUGUAGAUUUUGUUUUCUUUUAAUUUGAACUAUAUCUAAUUUCUUAGUUAUACAUAUUAUAAUCAGACUGUGUGCUUCUCAAAAGAUGAAUAGAUUGUUUUCUACCCUAAUUUCUCCAUUUUGCUGUUUAUAUAAAGUCAUUCUAUAAGACUAAUUCAUUCUGCUGCUUGACUACAGCAAUCUUUUUUUUCUUUACGGAGUCUCAUUCUGUUGCCCAAGCUAGACUGUUUUGGCAUUAUAGCUCCACAGCAACCUCCAACUCUUGGGCUUAAAGUGAUUCUCUUGCAUCAGCCACCCUGGUAGCUGGGACUACAGGCACCUAUCACAACGCCCAGCUUUUUUUUUUUUUUUUAGAGAAAGGAUCUCAUUCUUGCUCGACUGGUCUCGAACUCCUGAGCUUAGGCAGUUCACCCAGUUUGGCCUCCCAGAGUGCUAGGAUUACAGGGGUGAACCCCCCAUGCCUGCCCUUUAUUUUUGUUAAACUUAUGUUGAUUUGACCUUAAGAUUUGAAUUAGAUGGUGUUCCAAUGUGCAAAUGUUCUUUAAUUGCCUUGAAAAUUAUGUGUUUCUGUAUAUUUUCUUACCUUUGAGGUCAGCUAUGUAUCUAUUCUUUUAGCAUAUAGAUAACACUUUGUAGUAUCAGUUGUUAAAUAAAUAAUUUUAAAAUCUCAA